AUGGCCGCCAAGGCUCGGGUUAUGUAUGAUUUUGCUGCUGAACCUGGAAAUAAUGAACUGACGGUUAAGGAAGGAGAAAUCAUCACAAUUACAAAUCCAGAUGUUGGUGGAGGAUGGCUGGAAGGAAAAAACAGCAAAGGAGAACGAGGUCUUGUUCCCACAGACUAUGUUGAAAUUUUGCCCAGUGAUGGGAAAGAUCCGUUUUCUUGUGGAAAUUCAAUGGCUGACCAAGCCUUCCUCGAUUCCCUCUCAGCAAGUACAGCUCAAGCGAAUGUGUCAGCUGCCAACAGUAACAACACGGUCAGCAGUGGCAAUGACCCCUGGUCGGCCUGGAGUGCCUCCAAAUCUGGAAACUGGGACAGCACGGAUGGCUGGGGAGCCAAGGCAGAGGGGACUGCAGCCCAGAAAAGCACUGCCAAUAACUGGGACACCGCCUUUGGUCAUCCCCAGGCCUACCAGGGACCAGCAACUGGUGACGACGAUGACUGGGAUGAAGACUGGGAUGACCCCAAGUCAUCUUCUCCCUACUUCAAGGAUUCAGAGGCAGCCGAAGCAGGAGGUGCUCAACGCUUAAACAAUCGUGCUGGCUCCUCGUCGAUGAAACUGCCACUUAACAAGUUUCCGGGAUUUGCAAAACCUGGGAUGGAACAGUAUUUGUUGACUAAGCAACUAGCAAAACCCAAAGAGAAAAUUCCUAUCAUUGUUGGAGAUUAUGGCCCGAUGUGGGUUUAUCCUACCUCUACCUUUGACUGUGUGGUAGCAGAUCCCAGGAAAGGCUCCAAAAUGUAUGGGCUGAAGAGCUACAUUGAGUAUCAGCUGACGCCCACUAAUACUAAUCGAUCUGUAAACCACAGGUAUAAGCACUUUGACUGGUUAUAUGAACGUCUCCUGGUUAAGUUUGGAUCAGCCAUUCCAAUCCCUUCUCUUCCAGACAAGCAAGUCACAGGUCGCUUUGAAGAAGAAUUUAUCAAAAUGCGCAUGGAGAGACUCCAGGCAUGGAUGACCAGGAUGUGUCGGCAUCCGGUAAUUUCAGAAAGUGAGGUUUUCCAGCAGUUUCUAAAUUUCCGGGAUGAAAAGGAAUGGAAAACUGGGAAGAGGAAGGCCGAGAAAGAUGAGCUGGUGGGACUUAUGAUAUUUUCCACCAUGGAACCGGAGGCCCCUGACUUGGACCUGAUAGAAGUAGAGCAGAAGUGCGACGCUGUUGGAAAAUUCACCAAGGCCAUGGACGACGGCGUGAAGGAGCUGCUGACGGUGGGGCAGGAGCACUGGAAGCGCUGCACCGGACCACUACCCAAGGAAUAUCAGAAGAUAGGCAAGGCCCUGCAGAGCUUAGCGACAGUGUUCAGUUCCAGUGCUUACCAAGGUGAAACAGAUCUCAACGAUGCAAUAACAGAAGCAGGCAAGACUUAUGAAGAAAUUGCCAGCCUUGUGGCAGAGCAGCCAAAGAAAGACCUCCAUUUCCUGAUGGAAUGUAAUCAUGAAUAUAAAGGCUUCCUUGGCUGCUUCCCUGACAUUAUCGGCGCCCACAAGGCAGCAAUAGAAAAAGUGAAAGAAAGUGAUAAAUUGGUUGCAACUAGCAAGAUCAGCCCCCAGGACAAACAGAACAUGGUGAAGCGCGUCGGCACCAUGUCUUACGCAUUGCAAGCGGAGAUGAAUCACUUCCACAGUAACCGGAUCUAUGACUACAACAGCGUCAUCCGCCUGUACCUGGAGCAGCAGGUACAGUUCUAUGAAACGAUUGCAGAAAAGCUGAGGCAGGCCCUCGGCCGCUUCCCAGUGAUGUAG